AGCCACGUAAGCCCUGCCUCAGCUGACUUCCUCUGUGUGCUCCACACCCAACAUUCUUAUAUGGAUUCUAGUGAUUGUGAGGCAGGCACUUUACUGAUUGAGCUUUCUCCUUAGCACUUAAGAGCUAACUUUUAAAAGUUACUUUGGAGGAUCUGGAGAGAUGGCGCCAGCGAUUAAGAGCACUCUGCUCUUCCAGAGGUUUUGAGUUCGAUUCCCAGCAACCACAGGUGGCUCACAACCAUGUGUAAUGAGAUCUGGUGCCUUCUGAUAUGUGGAUGGAAUACUGUAUACAUUAAUAAUAAAUCUUUUUUAAAAAUUACUUUAGAAAUAGCUUUAAUAUCUCCUUUGGAAGAACAGAAGAAUUCUUAAUUCUUUUAUUUCAAAAUGAACCAAGUAGUCUAUAAUAUGUGCUGACUAGACGUAAAUUUAUUAGAUUGUUCCAUGAGUGUCUUAUCUAGUGUAGCUAAACUGAAACUUGAAAGCUUCAGGCUUAGCUGAGUGUAGUAGAGCACAUUGUAAUUUUGGCACUUGGGUAGCAAAAGUUUAUGUUUACUUCUCUGGCCUUGUCAUCUUCUCUUACUUAUUUGAGUUUCUGACAUUAGAUUCUUGAUAAAUUCUCAACUAAAUAUUUUAAGUGCUUUUCUUAAUGUGUUUAAUGUAUUUUCAUGCUUUGUGCAAGUUGGCUACUGGGGUACAGGGAUGUGUAGUGCAGGCAACUCUCUCUGGUGGAAAGGUAUUGUCAGCAAGAAUGAAAAUGAGCCACAUGGAAAAAAAGGCCUUGAUGGCGCAAUUCAUAAACAAUCCCACACCAGUUUGGAAUUGUGAUUAAUAGGGUGGUAUUUAUUUAAAGGGGAAUAAACUUACAGAUCACCGUCCCAGACAACAGCCCUCUGCGCACGCAAUUAGGAAGAAGUCUAGUCGCCGGAACCGGAGCAGGAAGUAAAGAGAGAGAGGAGGGAAGUAGCCGCUUUUUUUUAAAGGGAAUGAGACCACGCCCUAAUGGGCUGGUAUCUCUGCAGCUAUUGGCUGGAGGAGCGGAAGGACCUCCCGCAACAAGGCCUUCCGUGCCACAGGUGCAGAUUGGUCUUCACAUAUGCACUCUGCCCAACUAUAAAAGCACGUAGCAAGCACAUCCUAAAAGUUGAGCUGUCUGCCGGACAUCACCAGGAGCUCCCUGGGGUAUAGCUUGAGGUUCUUUUGCUGCAUGGACACCAAGAUCUGAGUUCCGUGCUCUCCAAGUUUUUGUUAAUAACUGCCUGACCCAUAUCUUCCAGAUAAUCGUUAUGUACCUUCAGGUGUUAGAGUGUGAGCGUAACCAACACCUGGUCCAGACUGCAUGGGUAGCCUCUGAGGGUAAGUGACUAAGACUUCUCCUCUGCUGUCCAAGCGCUUUGGUGCAGGGACAGCGGCCGUCUUCAGCCAAUCCAGUGCAGGCUCUCCACCGAAGGCUGGCUCUAGACUGGUGGAACUACAUGAAUGACAGCCUUCGCACAGAUGUCUUCGUAAGGUUCCAGCCUGAGAGCAUUGCUUGUGCCUGCAUCUACCUCGCUGCCCGGACACUGGAGAUCCCUUUACCCAAUCGUCCGCAUUGGUUUCUUUUGUUUGGAGCAACUGAAGAAGAAAUUCAAGAAAUCUGCUUUAAAAUCCUGCAGCUUUAUACACGGAAAAAGGUUGAUUUGACACACCUAGAAAGUGAGGUGGAGAAGAGAAAGCAUGCCAUCGAAGAGGCUAAGGCACGAGCGAGGGGGCUGCUACCAGGGAGUGCUCCAGUUCUGGACAGUGCUGCCGGGUUCUCACCUGCUUCCAAGCUGGGUUCAGUAGAAUCUCCUAAAGAAGGUAAAGGAAACAAGUCUUCCCCUCUCUCUGUGAAGAACGCCAAACGGAAAGUGGAGGGCCCAAAGAAAGCCAAGGCAGACAGCCCUGUGAAUGGCUUGCCCAAAGGGCACGAGAGUCGCAGUCAAAGCAGGAGCCGUGAACAGAGCUACUCAAGAUCCCCGUCCCGGUCUGCUUCUCCGAAGAGAAGGAAAAGUGACAGUGGCUCUACCUCGGGUGGGUCCAAGUCACAGAGUCGUUCUCGCAGCCGCAGUGACUCUCCUCCAAGGCAGGUGCACCGUGGUGCUCCCUACAAAGGCUCAGAAGUGAGGACCUCCCGGAAAGCAAAGGACUGCAAGUACCUCACCCAGAAGCCACACAAGUCUCGUAGCCGGAGCUCCUCUCGUUCUCGAAGCCGGUCACGAGAGCGGACAGACAAUUCUGGAAAAUACAAGAAGAAAAGUCAUUACUACAGAGAUCAGAGACGGGAGCGCUCAAGGUCCUACGAGCGCACAGGCCAUCGCUAUGAGCGGGACCACCCUGGACACAGCAGACACCGGAGGUGAGAUGGAUUUCCUGGUGGCUGCCCUGGUCCCUCCCUGUUGGGCACACCUUGGCUUCAGUGGCCUUGUAGCAUGAUGUUUUUUGGAAGUGUUUUCAAUUGGACCUUGAGGUGAAUUUAACUGUUAGGACGGCGAACAAGGUGCCCUUCAGGCUGGCCUGGGGGGUGCUGCACGCCUGUCCCAGUUGGAGGUGCACCUCAGCUGCAGAUCUUCAGGUAACUGGAUGAAACAGCAGAGGCACUCGUCCCCAUUGGCGUGGCUUGGUGCUAUUGAUGAGCUGUCGCUUCACUCCUAAACCGAUACUCAAUUACGUAAAGCCAAGAAAGAUGAUUUUUCACAUGUUUGCCUACAUUAGGUUAUACUUGUGUACAUACUUUCCAGUGUUUCACAAUGAGGAAAUGGCCUUAAUAGCCCCUUAUUCUCUAUUCGCGUUGUAAAUAAACAUGUGCUUAAUACAAGUGAAAGCUAUAUAUGAAAACUCAGAAUUUGAAUUCUGUUAGCUUAACACUUGUAUAGAGAAUUCUGAUUUUUAAAAUGUGAAGGUAUUUAGGUCUGUGUUGAAAGUCUUAUAUUUUUAUCUGUGCAAUGCUGAGUGCAGGCCACCAGCUCUAGAGAAAUUUUAUGAGGUUGAAUAAACAAUUCUCAGGACACUCGGGAUGUAA